AUGGCACCUUCCUCCACCUUGUGGGCGUCGCAACGCAGCCAGACAGGGUCACAGCGGGUGGGGGACUACCUCCUGGGGCGCACCAUCGGCGAGGGCGCCGACUCCAGGGUGGUCUACGCCCAGCACGUGGACACGGGCCUCAAGGUGGCCAUCAAGGUGCUGGACAAGGAGGCGCUGCUGACGCGCGGCGGCGCUGCCCGCUUCCCGCGUGAGGUGGCCGCGCUGCGCCGCCUGCGCCACCCCCACGCCGUGACCCUGCUGGGCGUCCUUUCCUCCCCCUCCACGCUCUACAUGGUCAUGGAGCUGGUGGCGGGGGGCGACCUGUACGACCGCAUCGCGGGGGAGGGACCCCUGAAGGAGGCGGAGGCGCGGCGUCUCUUCUGCCAGCUGCUCAGCGCCCUGGGUGCCUGCCACGCGGCGGGCGUCUUCCACCGCGACAUCAAGCCCGAGAACGUGCUGCUGACGGAGGGCGGGGACGCCAAGCUGGCAGACUUUGGGCUGGGGUGUGUCGCCGGGGCGCAGGACCUCCUCAGGACGGCCUGCGGGACCAUGCAGUACACCGCCCCGGAGGUACUGCGGGACAAAGGGUACCACGGCGGGCCAUCGGACCUCUGGUCCCUUGCCAAUCAAGGCGUGGUGCUGUUCGUGAUGCUGACGGGGGAGCUGCCGUUCGACGCCGACACGCCCCUGGCUCUGAUGCAGUGCAUCGCGGCCGCCGACUACUCCCUGCCGCCGACGGUGAGCGCGGCGGCGGCGGCCACGCUGCGCGCCAUGCUGUGCCCCGACCCGGCGGCUCGGGCGGGGAUCGAAGAGGUGUGGGACAUGGACUGGGUCGCCGCAUGGCAGGGCGAUGCGCCAGGCGAGGCGGCGCGGGCGCGCUGGGGAGCCGACCUGUGUCCCGAGGCUCAGGCGGCCGAGGCCUUGCUGGAGCCGGGGUCUGACUCGGCGUCGGGCAUCGAGGAAGUGUCCGAGCCUGGCAGCCCCGUGAUGGGUGGCAGCCACCCCUUGCUGGCCGGGCCCUUCCAUAUGAAUGCCUUCCAGCUGCUGCGCGCCAACCUGGACAUCUCCGCCAUCUUCGAGGGCAGGCAGGACGUGGUCAAGCGCCGCACCCGCCUCACCUGCGGGCCUCACCUGGGGGGCAUCCUCCACCGCAUCCAAGCCGCCGUGGAGGGAGUGGGCGGCCAUGUGGCACGCCGUAGUCCCAACUGCCUCAGCAUGUCGGUGCCCAUCCCAGCUGGCAUCCUCACUGUGCGGUUAGAUGCCCACAUGCUGGUGCCGGGCAAACAUCUGCUGGACAUCUCCCGUGUCUCUGGGCCCGCCCCCGCCUUUUACAAAUGGCAAGCAGUGGGUUCGUCCCAGGCCCUGGCCGCCUUCAGGGUGAUCAACCAGGGGCUGGACCUGGGCUCCCUCUUUGCGCCCAGCACCCACUUCCACCUCUGCAUGUCGGUGCCCAUCCCAGCUGGCAUCCUCACCGUGCGGUUAGAUGCCCACAUGCUGGUGCCGGGCAAACAUCUGCUGGACAUCUCCCGUGUCUCUGGGCCCGCCCCCGCCUUUUACAAAUGGCAAGCAGUGGGUUCGUCCCAGGCCCUGGCCGCCUUCAGGGUGAUCAACCAGGGGCUGGACCUGGGCUCCCUCUUUGCGCCCAGCACCCACUUCCAGUUCACCAGCAGGGAGGGUGCCGACACCAUCCUGGAUAGCGUGCGCAGCGUGGCGAGCGACCUCGGCUGUGCCGUGCAUGGCGCACACGAUGACAGUCUCACGCUGGAGCGGAGGACGGGAGGGGCCAAUGAGGCGCCUCUCAGCCUGCGCUUCCAGGUCCUGGGGGUGCUUCCAGAUCUCCAGGUGUGCCAGGUCAGCAUGCUGGAGGGGGCUCCUACCGAGUUCCAGCACCUGCGGGCUGACCUAGUUUGCGGCCUGUCAGGCAUCAUGACGGCAUCUUCUGGGAAGAAGGGCCACCCGUGA